AUGCUUUUCCUUCUAAAGCUACUCAUUAUUGUUUUGGCCUUUAUCUCGCCUGAAUAUGAAGCUGCAUAUGUGCCACCUUACUCUUCUGUAGUUGUUCCAAUUACCAAACACACCGAUGCUGUUAAUCCCCUCUAUAGUGUACAGAUCGCAACUUAUUGGGAAAAUGUGCAAUUCAUUCAUGAAAACUUCCUUAUAGACAUUGACGCUCCUUUCUCAUGGCACGACUGCAUCGUGCAAUGGAACAUAUAUCCAGGAAGUUGUCCCAAGGACGUGCGUUGUGUAUCUCCUGUUUCUUGUGAAGAAUAUCAAUGCACGGAGGUGCGAACUACUUACCCUUACCAGAAUCCUUCUUGCCCUCCAGAUACCAACAGUUCGACGUUACCUGGUUGGGGUUGUACAUGUCCGGUCAAUGUGGUUGACCCUGUUACCAGGACAUGUGGCCAAGCCCUGCUAAACUACGAGUACUUUUUCUCGAUGCAUACAAGCAAUGGAAGAAAUAUGUACGAUGGUAUAUAUAGUGCUUACCCAAAUGCUGCAUGUGUCCCUUCUUCAUCAUUUGGAUCAUUUCCUGCAAAUGUUACGGGCGUUGUGGCGUUUUCUACCUCCCGAUACGCCUUGCCCGAAUACUUAAAUGAACCCCUAAAAAAGGCAUUAUCUCUAUGUUUGCCUAGUUCCACAUCAUCUCGUGGGGUUCUUUUCUAUGGUACCGGUCCUUAUAAUCUUCUUCCCCAAUCAAGCGUCGACCUAAGGAGUUAUCUUUCUUAUACUCCCUUACUAAAGCAUCCAAAUUCUUUUGGGUACUUUAUUGGUGUCGUGAGCAUUGUUAUUAAAAAGAGAUCUAUCAUUGUUCCAACAAAUACCUUUACUAAGCUUAGUACAAUUGACCCGUACACAACUCUAAGAAGUGACAUUUAUAAUAGCGUCAUUAGGAGGUUUUCAGCAGUUACAAAACGAAUACCUCCUGCAAAGCCAAUAGCACCAUUUGGCCUUUGUUUCAACACCUCCUACAAUGGUACCAAAGUUGGAUUAAAAGUUCCUGAUAUUGAUUUCAGCCUUCAGAAUGGAAAGAAGUGGACUAUAUCUACAGCUAACUCCAUCAAGAAGAUUACAAACGACGUGUCUUGUCUGGCGUUCGUUGAUGGUGGUGUAACAAGUGAACCUGCAAUUGUGAUUGGGACCUUUCAGUUUGAGGAUAACUUUCUUUUGUUUGAUUUGGAGAAUUCCACUUUUGGGUUCAGUUCUUCGUUGUUACUCAAGCAGACUUCUUGCUCAAACUUCAACUUUACGCUUACCCAACAGCCCCUAAAUUAA